AUGUUGAAAUGGUGGUAUCAUUGGUUCUAUGCCAUCCUUUUAUGUCUAAUUACAGAUCUAUUGAAUGCUCAGCAUCAUUCAGUUUAUAUUCCAAAUUAUCUUCAAGCAUUUGAUUAUCCAAAUGUUGAUGAAGCAGCAUCUCCACAUCAACAACAAGAUCAAUCUGAUGAACAAUUUAAUGAUGGUUUUGAUCCAUUGCAAUUUGAUUUUUUCCAAACAACAGAAACAUCACCAGACACUCAAAAUCUCUUUGACGCGUCAACAAUACGCACUGAUAUUACUACUGAGAAUUCAACAGCCUAUUCAACAUCAACAAUAUCGACUGUUUCAGAUUCAACGACAUCAAUAGAAUAUAUUUCUUCAAUGUUUGAUUCAACAUUUGAUUCAACACUAAUAACAACUGAACAGAUGACAACGACAGAAAAUAGUACUCAUUCAUUAUUAUCAUUUGAUACUACUUCAUUCAAUAAUGAAACGUAUACUUCAAAUGAACAAAAUUCAUUUUCUAGUGAUAAUAAUACUCUUUUGUCCACAUUGAGUUACUCAACAGAAAAUGAAUCUAUAUCAAUGUAUGAACAAAUGAAUGAAACAACUAAAGCUAUUUUUAAUGACACUACUACGAUAGAAAAUUUUGUUAGAAAUAAUAGUGAUUUAAUCGUUGAUCUCUUCAAUCACACGUAUCUGCAAGGUAAAAAUUUAAUUGAUGAUAAACAAUAUGAGAUCUACAAUACAACAGCUGAAGAAGUAGCACAACAUUUAGCAGAUAGAAGAACUAUGCAAUCAUUGAUUCAUUUACUUCCACCGAAUUUAUGGUCUCAAUUACAAAAAAAUCUUUCACUUUUUAAUUUCAAUCAAAGUCAAUUUAUUCAACCAGCACUACCCGAUCCAGAUAUUCUUGCUGAAGCAGCUGCACAAGCUGGUUUACCUGGCCCAGGACCAUAUCCAAUACCUGAUCAUGUAUGGCAUCAAAAUAUGAAUUAUUACCGAGAUCCUCCACAAUUUAUAAAUAAUAUUCCGAUAGAAACAUCAUCAUCAUCAACAACAACAACAACAACAACAACAACAACAACGACGACGACGACUACAACGACAGCUUCUACAACAACAGAAUCAACAACAAAAGUUCGACGACCAUUUCCACCCAAUAUAUAUUUUAAGUUGCCCAAUACACAAGCACCGUAUCCUCAAAGACCAAUAGCAAUAAAAACAGCUGCUAAUGAUCGAUUGAUUCAUAAUCUAAAUGAAUUUCGACCCGGACCUUUUAUACCUGUAAAACCCAUAUCAUCAUCAGUACCACCACCGUUAAUCAAUCCCAAUAUUCAAUCAUUACUUGCACAAAUUGGUUUUACUUGUCCAUCAGGUGUAUCUGGUAUUCGUUUUCCCGAUCAACGACUAUGUAAUAUGUAUUUUACAUGUACACACUCCGGUUUACCUGAACCAUCCCUUUGUCCAGAAGGUUAUCUUUUCUCCGAAGUAUCUCGUGAUUGUGAAAUUUCUUCACGUGUUAAUUGUGGAACACGGUUAUCAGCUUUUUUCGAUACUGAUAAUAGUGUAAAUAGUGACAGUAAAAUCCUUUUCACCAUGAGAACACCACCACCACCAACCACUACUACUACUACUACCACCACCACCACCACCACGACAACAACAACAGCAAGCACAACUACUACUACUACUACUACUACUCGAAGAACAACUCCAUCAACAUCUUCAGUACGACUGCAAGCAAAUAUAGUUAAUGGAGCAUUAGAGUGUGUUUUGGGUGCUGAUGGUUAUUAUGAAGAUCCGUUAUAUUGUAAUGUAUAUCAUCAUUGCCUAGCUGGUAUCGAUUAUAUUGAACAUUGUCCUAAUCAAUUAGCUUGGAAUGAAAAAAAGAAAAUGUGUGAUUGGACAACCAAUGUGAACUGUACUGGUAAAACUAUGCCUGUUGUUCAAGGUAAAACAUCAUUUUGUACUAAUCGACAAGAUGGUCGUUAUAGCUCUGAAACAUAUUGUAAUGCUUUUCAUCAUUGCAUUGGUGGUACUGAUCAUAUUGUACGAUGUACUGGAGAAUUACAGUGGGAUGAUAGAAAAAAAGAAUGUGGCUGGGAAUCAUUCGUACGCUGUGGUUCACCGAAAAAAAUGUUGCCUCAUGAAAAUAAAUUUAAUUCAACGUUUUGCACAGGACGAAAUGAUGGAUCCUAUUCACAUGAAGAAUAUUGUAAUGUUUAUCACGUAUGCGAAUCGGGUGCUGAUAAUAUGCGUCAAUGUCCACAUCAAUUAUUUUGGGACAAUGAACAACAAAAAUGUGAAUGGUCAAAUAAUGUUCGUUGUACAGGACGUACACUUGUUGCACUGUCGAUGGAGUCAAGUUUAUUUUGUAUGGAAAAAACCGAUGGAUAUUAUAUUGAUCCAAUUUAUUGUAAUGUUUAUCAUCAGUGUAUGGCUGAUAUUGAUGUUAAAUUGCGUUGUCCUGAACGUUUAAUUUUUAAUGAAACAUUAAAGCGUUGUGAUUGGCCUGAAUCAACAAUUUGUAAAGGUGGAAACAUAUUACUUGAAGGUGAAGCUAAUAAUGGCUUUUGUACAGAUAAACCAAACGGAAACUUUCCUCAUGAACAAUAUUGCAAUCGUUAUUAUAUAUGUCAAAAUGGAAAAGAUGUUGUAUUUACAUGCCAAAACAAUUUAAGAUAUUCACCAGAUAAAAAUGAAUGUGAUUGGGCUAUCAAUGUUGAUUGUCAUGGUAAACCGGAUUAUAUGUGGGACGGUAUCAAAGAAAAUUUUUGUAAACGUUUACCCGAUGGAAAUUAUCCAGAUAUAAGAUUUUGUAAUAUAUUUCAUCAAUGUCAAGCAGCCAUGGACUAUCCAAAACGAUGUCCAAAUAGACUUAUGUUCAAUGAAGAAACAAAAGAAUGUGAUUGGGAAGAUAAAGUUGAUUGUAAAGGUCGAGAAAAAUUAAUUGAUACUGAAGGUCUUGACGACGAAGUACGUCCAGGUUCAAAUAAUACUCGAGGACGUUCAACUAAAUUUUGCAUGGUAAAACAAAAUGGUGAUUAUGCUGAUUCAUACUAUUGUAAUGUUUAUCAUAAUUGUCAUGGUGGUUUUGAUACAAUUCAAUAUUGUACAAGAGGUUUAGUAUGGCGUCAAGAAACUGAAACAAUAGGCAGAUGCGAUUGGUCUAAGGAGCGAUCACCGGAUGGAGCAGAUUGCAAUGGGAAAACUGUGUUUUUUGUCGAAAAAUUAGCUGAAACUGAUAUAUUAUCGAAUUUGCGUUCAGAUUUUUGUAUAAGUAAAGGUUCUGGUCUAUAUGAACAUCAACGCUACUGUGAUCUUUAUUUACAAUGUAAUGAACAAGGUGUUGGAGUCACUAUGGAAUGUAGUCCUGGUCUUGUUUUUAAUGAAAAGAAAAAAGAAUGUGAUUAUCAAGCCGACAGUAAUGAUGAAACAAAAGGUACAUUAUGUUUGACACCUCGAAGUUUUCUACGUUCGAAGCCAAAAGCUGAACACGCCUCAAUAUUAUUCGAAGGUGUCGAUGCAACCGGACAAUUUCCAACACGCUUUGAUUGUAUAAAUAAGGAUCAACAAAACAUGUUUGCUGACUUGGAUUGGUGUAAUAUCUAUCAUGUAUGCAUUGGUAAUCGAGAUAAUAUAUUUUUAUGUCCACCUGGUACAAUAUUUAAUGAUGCAAAACAAGGUUGUAUGGAUCGGUUCGAUGGAUCAAAUUGUAAUGGAACACGUUCUUAUUAUAAACCAUUAACAAGACGACAUAAACGUAUUGAUUCAUCAUUAAUUCAAAAAAGAGUGCCAUCAAUGAAUUUUCAUUUAGCCAAUUUUAAACAACCAUCAAUUAAUAAUAAUAAUCAAAGAACUCCGUAUGAAUGGCGAAAACCAGAAAAACCAAGACAGUUUGAUGACAACCUUCUUGAAUGGCGACGAUAUCGUCAAUACUAA